AUGAGUCGCUACAGCGACUUGCAGCCCAUCAUCGAUGGCAUCUUUCGCCAGCGCGGAGACGAGGUCGUUGCCGGCGAGACCGUCUCGGAAAUCAGCAAUAAGAAGAAGGCCUCGAAGCCGCGUCUGAUUAUUUUGACGCGUCCCCUCGGCGGCAGCGGCGGGGCGACGCUCACCAUCGUCGCUGUAGAGCCCAACAAUCAGCGCGUGAAGCUCAAAUCAGCGUUUGCCGUGGACCGGCUCACUGAGGUGUCGAAUGAGGGCAGCUUCGAUGCCACCUUCAACUUUGGUGCUAGCGGCCUGCUGUCCGUCAGCUUCGAGUCGCACAUUCAGCGUGAAAUGUUCGUUGCUUCGGCGCGCCGUCUGCAGACGACGCCGUCUUCGGCCGGUGCACGCGGCGGCUACUCGGAUGGGCGAUUGGGCGCUAUUCGCGGUGUGCUGACGGAGGCGGUGGGGGCGGAGGUAGAGGCGGACGCCGCCGCACGCGUGCGUAAGCUGCGCCAAGAUAAACGUCGCCUCUUCACCACCGAGGAGGAGCAGCAUCUGCUGAGGCACAUGGGGACCGAUGGGGCAGGGUUUGAUGACAUCAAGCAGUUUCAAGACGCGCUCCUGCGGCAGCAAAAGAAUUCGGAGCUGCGGUCGCUCGAUUUGCUGACCGCGUCGGAGACGGCGUGGCAGGAGGCGCAGCAGCAGGUGCAGGACUUAGUGCAGGAUGUAGAGCAGUUGGAGCAGCGCAUCGAGGAGUACUCGACGCACCUUCUGUCGAAAAAGUCUGUCAUUCAGCAGGUCGAGCACGACAACAACACCCUCCAACGCAGGCAGCAAAACCUGGAGAGUCUGUAUAUCAUGAUGUCGGACCUGCGUGAUCAGCUGCGGCUCGCACCAGCCACCGUGGCGCUGCUCACUCGUCUGCGAGCUGCGCCGGAAGAAGGUCUUGUCGCCUUCUUCUCGGAGGGGAGCAACGCGGUCACCUUGUCGGUCGCCAUGAAGCACAUGCAGGGCGUUCUGCACAACUCAAAGCUGGACAGCGACUUUCCCAUCAACGCCGUGGCAGAGCGCAAGGCGUACUUUCUCGACCAGCGUAAGAUGAUCACGCAGCGGUCGAAGGCCUACAUCCUGUCCACCAUCGAAUCUUACGAGGCGAUCUACUUUGCUGACAAGACGCGCUACAGCAGGGACUCCUCCCUUGUCUGGCGCCUGCACGUCGAUCUGUCGGUGAAGCUGAUGAACAUUAGCGACAUCAUCUGCGCACUCGGUCGCAUCGACGUGGAGGGCUUCGGCAACGCGCUGCGCAAGUACCGCUCGAGCAUGCAGAAGGUGUACGCACUGGAGAUUUCGCGCUUUUUCAAGUCCCUCAAGAAGCAAAUCAAGAAGGUGAACACGUGGCGCGGCCCGUUUCUGCUCGGCACCUCCGAGACGCGCAAGGAGGCGAUGUCGGUGCGGGUGGAGACAACGCAGGAGGCCGAGACGCCUCGCGGGCGGGCUCGCGGGGGCUACACCGCCACCCCAGCCCUCACCCCCCGCUUGAUGCUGUACGACGAGGACGCCAGCGCGGACGGGGGCGGCCGCGCGGGAUCGCCGAGCACCCGCGGCGACGACGACCACACCCGCCUCACCGUGCAGUUUCCUUCCGUGGCGGACCUGCACAUGGAGGGCAACGUCCCCAGCACCGCCGUGGAGCUGUACGAGAGCGCGGGUACGCUGCGCCGGCUCGACGUGCGGGCGGAGAGGUCGACGGUGGUGAGUGGCAUCAAGUCGCUCGCCCCCAGCACCAGCGGCGGUGGGUACCUGCGGCCCGACCUCGCCUUUGCCAUCGCCCUCGAGUCGGCCGUGCUCGCUGUCCUGCAUGAGGAGGCGAUUCUGCGCAACUGCUUCGGGCUGGCGGACACCGCCGCUGCAGAGCCCGCGGACGACGUCAGGGUUGACGCGCCGAAUGUGUGGUCAAGCCCGCUGGAUGCGGAUAAGAAGAAGGCGUCCUUUACAACGGGCGGUCCAGAAGGCGACGCCGAGGCAGACGCCGACCGGCAGCAGAUGAUGCAGGACUCCCUCCUCGAGCUCUUCGGCGGCGCAGAUGCGAAUACGCUCGUGCGCGUUCUGCAGGGCAACUCCCGCGCCACCAGCGCGCGGCCCUCGCGCUCGAGCAGCCAAAGCCGUGACAUCGGACUGCCGCCUCGUCCGCCGCCGGCGGGGCACAGCGGCAACACCUCCCUCCAUCAGGACUCCGCCUUUCCACAUCGACGGACGUGGAGCGGGGCGUCGUCGACGGGUCUCGGCGGCCGCGGCAGCUCUCUCAGCGGCGGCGACGAUCGCGACUCUGACUCCGUCGACGAUGGGACCGCACGCAGCGCGCUGCACCGCAACUUCCUCAUCCGAUCGAUGCGGGACUUGGCCAACUUCUUUGUGGAGAAGUGCGACCGCAUCUACUGCAUUCCGGUGCUGUGCAUGAUUCGCGCCUACCGCCGACGAGCGGACAACGCGAUGCUGCCGGCGAAGAGCGCCUUCUGCCAGUUUAUGCUCGGGGAGCUGGAGACGAUCAUGUCGGGCGGGAUGGUGCAAUUUGUGGCGGAGCAGACGGAGUCCAUCACGCGGUGCCGGAAGAAGUACUUAGUUAAGCCAACGGCGCUGCUGCAUUGCUUCGCCAAGCUGCCGGCACUCUUUCUGCGAUUUGAGGCGGUGCACGACGCGCUGGCACUGAACGUGUGUGACCGCACCGAGUACUCCUCCAUCGCCCUCAGCCUGGUCGAUCAGUCAUUCGAUGCGCUGGACAUCAUCACCGACGUGAAGUCGACCGGAAAAGACAUGAACGAGGAGCAGCUGAAGCUACACAAGCUGAUCGCGCAAAAGGUGAACGCCGUGCUCGACGGUGUGCAGGCGGACGUCCACUCCCUCAAGUGGGUCUUUAUUCAGCAAUACCGCCAUCAAUCGUUCUUCUGCGCCUUUUACUCUACCAUGCCGGGCAGCAGCUUCGCGGUGGAGCUGCUUCAGGACCAAUACGUCGCUGCCAAGGUAAAACGCGACCGGUACGAGGAGCUCUACCUCACUCGCAUCAUUCUGGUGGGCAGUUUCCCAGUCUUCGGCGUCUUUACGAUAUCCGCGGAGGAUCUGUCGAUGAUUUACUCGAAGGAGGAGCUGCGGCACCACAAGGCGCUUGCACAGGAUGCGGUGGCGAAGGUGGUUGAUGGGCUGGAGAAGGAGCUGCGCUCCGGUGUGAGGGCGAGUGCGGCGCGCAUGAAAAAACAUUUUUUGCGAGACGUCGACCUCAACGGCAAUGAGGCGUCCUUCCACCGCACGUUACUGCAGCGCACCUGGCAACACUUCUCCACACUGCUGCUGCAGAAGUUCGACUUUCUCACGGACCUCCUUACGUGGUCCGUAUACAAGGAUCUCACGCUGACGGUGCGGCGCGCAGAACUGGCGGAAAUGCUGGCUUCGUACUAA